AUGUCAGGACCAUUGACGAGCAGAAUCAACUUCGAGACCAUCGAACAGGGCAAGGCUUUUGCCGAGGACCCCUUCCUGAGCCACCGCCUGCUGGAGGGUCUGCGCGCCGUCACCACCCCCCAUGAACCUUUCAUACUACCUAAGCCUGCGUGGUUUCGCCGCUGUACUCAACAAAUAAACGACAAACACGAGGCCGAUUACGAGGUUUACUACAUCAACCGCCAGCUCUACGCGGUCUCUCGACUGGGCGAGUUCUUCUUCUACCCCAUCAACAUUGGCCCAGGGGUCAGUCGUAACGUGCAGUGCAUCCGGCUCAGGCACGACAUCCUGCAAGCCCGCGGGCGUGUCUAG